AUGGAGCUCUCAUCCCUCCUGCCCGCCCUGUCCCCGCGCCGCGCCCUCCCGCUCUCCUUCCCCACCGCGUCCAAGACGGCCCGGCGGCCGCGGCCGGCCGCCUUCGCCUGCCGCGCGGACGCCUCCCCGGAAGGGCCAUCAACCACCCGGCGAUGGUUCGCCUCGCUAGCCGCCGCCACCGCAGCCGUGGGGAUUGGCGUCGCCGGAGGAGGGGAGGCUGGCGCCGUGUCGACCAGCAGGAGAGUUUUCAGGAGCAACAAGAUUCCGGAGAGCGACUUCAUUACUCUGCCUAAUGGCAUCAAGUACUAUGACAUCAAAGUAGGAGGUGGGGCCAAAGCAGUUAAGGGAUCACGUGUCGCAGUACAUUACGUGGCCAAGUGGAAGGGCAUAACAUUCAUGACAAGUAGGCAGGGCCUCGGUGUCACUGGUGGAACGCCGUAUGGGUUUGAUGUUGGCAAUUCUGAAAGAGGCAAUGUUCUAAAAGGAUUGGAUCUCGGGGUUGAGGGAAUGAAAGUUGGAGGCCAGAGGUUGGUUAUUGUUCCUCCUGAGCUAGCUUAUGGAAAAAAGGGCGUUCAAGAAAUUCCUCCUAAUGCAACUAUUGAGCUGGAUGUCGAACUACUAUCAAUCAAACAGAGUCCAUUCGGGAGUCCUGUGAAGAUCGUUGAAGGAUAA